GUUAAAAAUGCAGUUUGGGCACUUGACAGCAGCAACGCCUCAAGACCUGACGGAUACAACGGCUUUUUCUUUAGAACCACCUGGGAAAUCAUCAAGGAGGACAUGUUUAAAGCCUCCCAGGAGUUUUUCUUGGGGUUUGCCAUUCCCCGUGCUUACGGCAGAACCCUUAUUACUUUAAUCCCUAAGAAGGAUUGCCCGAAGAGCUUCGACGACUACAUGCCCAUUUCUUUGAGUACUUUUAUGAGCAAAGUUAACACUAAAAUCCUUGCUUGCAGGGAGGUCAGGCUUUCGUGCGCCUACUACAGUGGGCCCGUCCAGGAACCUUUGGGAUCCAACAGCACCAAAGCAGCUAACCUUCUCAUGGCUAACCUUAGAGGCAGUACGCUCUCUGUCCUCAUUAACGGGCAACCAGCGGCCUACUUCCCCAUGACUAGAGGUGUCAAGCAAGGCGACCCUCUUUCGCCUCUUCUUUUCAUUAUUGCGAGUGAAGGUUUAUCUCGUCUACUUAAUAGAAGCAUGGAGGAAUCUCACAUCCAUCACUAUAACAUGGGAAGUGUGAAGUUCCCAGGCCACCUCACCUACACCGAUGACAUAAUGAUAUUUACUAAGGGUGACUCCAUCAAUUUACUAAAGCUCAAGAAGCUACUGGACGAAUACUCCUCAGAUUCCGGUCAGGUCAUCAAUUUAGCCAAGAGCAAGUUCUACGUCAAAGAUACCACUACCGGUAGCCAACUGAAGAACAUGGAAAAAAUCCUUGCCAUGCAUAAGGGAACCUUACCCUUCACCUACCUUGGGGCUACCAAUUGCAAAGGGCAACUCAAAAAACACCACUGUGGCAACCUCUUGGACCACUUUGACAAGCACAUUCAUUCUUGGUAUAGCAAAACUCUGAACCAAAUGGGUCGUAUCAUACUCAUCAAGCACGUGCUCUCGUCCAUUCCCCUUCAUAUUUUAGCCAUGCACUCCCUUCCGGUCUUUGUCAUCAAUCUUCUUCAUGCAAGGAUGGCCAAUUUCUUUUGGGGGAGAAGGCACGACAACCAACUACACCACUGGAAGAGCUGGAAACGUCUCUGCCAACCCUCUACUGCCUGCGGGCUGGGUAUUAAGGAUCUCCAAACACUUCAACAGGCUCAAUCCAUCAACCUCUGGUGGCGGAUGAAGCAUGAUACGGGUGUGUGGGCUAACACCAUGCGCGCCAUUUAUAUGCGUAAGGGCACUAUCAAAGAAAAGCUCACUGAUUCGUCAACUUGGAAGAGGAUCUGCCGGGUACACUCCUACGCUGUCACUCACAUUACUGACUCUGUUCAACCACCACUUUGGGAUGGGAAACCGUUCUCCUCCAAGUCUACUCUCACCUCUCUUUACGACGGAAUCCCAUCCCGGCUCUCUUGCAAGUACAUCUGGCAUAAGGCCCAGACUCCUAAAAUCCAAAUCUUCCAAUGGAAGGCAUUCAUGAAUUGCCUCCCUUUCCUGGAGUUAACCAAGUGCUUCGGUUCAAGUUUCCCAAGCCAAUGUCCCCUUUGCAAGCAAGCAAAAGAUUCUUUAGACCAUACUCUUGGCAACUGCAAGUUUGGCUACCAGGUUUGGAAGUAUUUUGGCACUCUUAUCGAAGCUCCCCUGACAACGGCCAACCUCAAACUAAACCAAAUUUUCAUCAGUUGGUGGUUCUCCGGCGAUACGUUCUCCUUCAAAGGGGUUCUUCGAAUCAUUUUGCCCGGUGUCAUUGCUUGGCACCUCUAGAAGGCAAGGAAUUUAGCAAUUCAUGAAGGCCAAAUCCACACCACGAAUAGUAUCAUCCAGCAAUGCUUUAAACAUAUACUAGCAUGGAGUUGGGCUUCAAGACGCAAAAAUGGCUGAUCCAUGACAACACUUUCAAGGGUUGGGGUUUAGAUUUAUUUUGGAGUAACGGUAGUAAACUUUUGUCGUUGGU